CAGCUGUGCGUCCCGUCCUGAUCCGCAGGGGGUGGAUACCCAUUUCAAUUAGCGGGCAUUGCUGGGCCAGUGAUCGCGCUGCUGGGGGUGGAGGUGUUAAAAGCGUGGAACGAGGGGGGGAUGGAAGGAUUCCGCGCGGUGGGGGAGUAACCCGGCCCUGGCAGCACAGUUCACCACAGCUCCGCUCACUCUUCGGUGCGGCGCCUCCCGAUCAGGACCCACUGCGAGGGGCUCGAGCGCAGUUCGCUCGCUCGCUCACUCACCCGUCUCUUCGCGCGCGGGCCCGGUGACCCUGCGGGAGCAUGUGCGGUGUGACACUGCGGCCUUUCUGACGGUGCUACUGACUGACUAUUGAGCAAACGAGCUGCUCAGAACUUGACACGAAGGAGCUGCCUAUCCUGACACUCCCAGAAAUCCAGUGGGGCUGGCCUUCCAUCAUGUCAACAGAAGUAGACACCACUGUGAACAACCAAGCUGACCUAGGCACUGCCAAGACUGCUUCCAAGAGGGAAAAGAAAAAAGGUCCAGAGAAAAAUGAUGAAUUUUUGCUGGCUAGAUUCAAAGGAGAUGGGGUACGAUACAAAGCCAAGCUAAUUGGUGUGGAUGAUGUACCUGAAGCCAGAGGGGAUAAAAUGAGCCAGGACUCCAUGAUGAAACUAAAGGGCAUGGCAGUAGCCGCUCGAUCCCAGGGAAAGCACAAACAAAGAAUCUGGGUCACCAUAUCUUUAUCUGGGAUUAAAAUUAUUGAUGAGAAAAUGGGGGUAAUAGAGCAUGAACAUGCUGUGAGUAAGAUUUCCUUCAUUGCACGGGAUGUGACAGACAACAGGGCCUUCGGCUAUGUGUGUGGCGCGGAGGGACAGCACCAGUUUUUUGCCAUAAAGACUGCCCAGCAGGCUGAGCCAUUGGUGAUGGACCUGAAGGAUCUCUUUCAGUUAAUUUUUAACAUGAAGAAGAAAGAAGCAGAAGGUCCAAAGACAGAUGAAAUGGAUAACAAGGUUGUACUGAAUGGGAGUGAUGCCUUGCUUAAUACUGAAGGCCAAGGAGAGAACUUAAAAGCUGUUGACCAGCUGGACCUGUUUGGUGACAUGUCAACUCCUCCAGAUUUGCACUCUCCCUCAGAAGCAAACGAUACCCUCUUGUUGGAUCUGUCCUCUGAGGUUGAUGACAAUCAGAACUUUGUGAAGGGAAAUCCUUUCACUUCCUCUGUCUUUUGGUCCAAAUCUCAGCCCAGUAUUAUAGCUGAGAACACUUCUACAUCAGACUUGAUCCCUGAUCCUUUCAGUGACAAACUUUUCUCCAAAAGCAACCAACCAGCCUCCAUGGACAUUCCAGGCUCAUUUGGCCAUGGAGAAACUUGGCAAGACACAAAUCAGCCAAAGCUGAAUGGCAGUCAUCAGAAUGGUGACUCUGACUGUUUUGGUCAGCAAUUUGAUCAGUUAUCCAGUAGAGCUAUGAUUCAGUCAUUAGUGAAUGACCACUGGCCUACACAAACAUUACCAGCAACCUGGAUAAAGGAUGGGCUCCUAGUCAAGGAGCAGAACAGCAUGUCGAAGUCCUCUCUGAACCCAUUUCUUGAGAGUACUUGCAAGAGCACACAGCUGCAAAAUGGAGUAAAUGGUGAUCUGGUGGGGUUUUCAGAGGUCUCUGUACCACCAAAGGAGUCUAUGCUCAUUAGUCCACCUCCACCCAACACAAAGGCUGGACGAGGAAGGAGGAGUGUUAAGUCUCCUACAAAUGUUUUUGGAUCAGACUUGUUUGGUUCAGCUGGCCAGCCAGAAGUCUCUCCCCUUUCUGACCCUGCCCAGUGUAACACUAUGGAUCUCUUCAGCAGUGGUCCCAUAACCACUGGUACCACAGCCUCAGGUGUGGGAAAUGCCACUUCUCUACAGGGACUAGGAACACUGCCACUGGGAGGUCCUUCUACAAACCUUACCUCAGGGACAUCAGCAUGGAGACCACCAGGCCCCACCAUGUUUCCAUCACCUAGUGGUAUUUCUCAGGUCACAGGGCCUGUUCCCCAGUCAGCUUUUGGCACCCCAUCCAUGCCUGCAUGGGUGCAUAUAGCACCACCUUUUGGUGCAGCUCACUCUCAGUCCCCACCCUGGGGUCAGGUCAGAGGCCCUGUAGCCCCUGUAGUCUGGCCUCAGCCUCCCAUGGCUGGUUCUCUUCAAACCAGCAUGGUGCCCCCCUCCAUGCUGGGAGCUAUGAUGGGAAUGCAGCAGGCUUCAACCCCUCAGCGUCAGCCCCCUCCUCGUCCAGCACCAGCAGAUCCUCCUAAGGUUGAAAGUGCCUUUACUGCCUUGGACCCUCUAGGGGAGAAAGAGCAGAAGAAUGUGAAAGACAUGUUCAAGAACUUCCAAAUGGCUAAACCCCCAUCACAACCAGCAAAAAAGAAUGAGCAGGGGACUGUCCCUAGCUCAAAUAGUGGUCCCUUUGCAGAGUACUUCUCCAGCAAAGUGGGACUUGCCCAAGAGGCAGCAGAUCAUGAUGACUUUGACAUUGAUCAGCUAUCAAGCAAAAUCAGUGAGCCACCCAAACCUGCACCCCGACAGACACCUGCAACCACUGCCUCAGCCCAGGAUCUGUUUGCUGACCCUUUUGGGGCUGAUCCCUUUGAACCUGCUCCUUCAAUUAUGAGCUCACCAAUGCCCCAGCCAAGUGCUUCUGACCCUUUUGGAGACCCCUUUGGUGAUCCCUUUGCCUGAGCACCACAACUUUCACCAUAUUCACCCCCAGGACUUGAUGACCUGAAGUUGACCCAAUAAGCUAUUCUGCUGUCACAGAAAACCAGCUGAUCUACAGAGCAUAGCCAGCUGAUGCAACUUCUCCAAACCACCUUCCACUAACUUCACUUGCCCCAACACUGUUCAAAUCCUGCACUUUUCAUGUGUUCUUUCCAGAUUGUUUACAAAAAAGCUAAUAAAUUGUACCCUAUUUCAAGUUCA